GUGUUGCCGAGCAACAAAGUAUAAAAUAUUCAUUUAAUUUGUUGACUUCUUCCAAACAAGUCGAAUAAUUUUUCAACGAGACGCACAAACAAUUGAAUUUCUCUCUAAAAGUGACUUGAAGAAGCAGCAAACCAUGGGCGAAGCUGAGAAAAUCGAAGUGCGCGACAUAACACGCAUCGAGCGCAUUGGCGCCCAUUCGCACAUUCGCGGCCUGGGAUUGGACGAUGUGCUGGAGGCGCGUGCUGUCUCCCAGGGCAUGGUGGGCCAGAAGGAUGCUCGCCGUGCCGCUGGCGUUGUGGUGCAAAUGGUACGAGAGGGAAAAAUUGCCGGUCGUUGCAUUUUGCUAGCCGGCGAGCCGAGUACCGGUAAAACGGCUAUUGCCGUAGGAAUGGCCCAGGCUCUGGGCACUGAGACACCGUUUACCAGCAUGUCCGGCUCGGAGAUUUACUCUUUGGAGAUGAGCAAGACGGAGGCGCUGUCACAGGCAUUGCGCAAGAGCAUUGGGGUGCGCAUCAAGGAGGAGACCGAGAUCAUCGAAGGCGAAGUGGUUGAGAUACAAAUCGAACGUCCUGCCACCGGCACCGGCCAAAAGGUGGGCAAAGUCACACUGAAAACCACCGAAAUGGAGACCAAUUACGAUUUGGGCAACAAAAUCAUCGAGUGCUUCAUGAAGGAGAAGAUUCAGGCCGGUGAUGUCAUCACCAUAGACAAAGCUUCCGGCAAGGUGAACAAGCUGGGCCGCAGCUUCACACGUGCACGCGAUUACGAYGCCACUGGGGCACAGACUCGCUUUGUCCAGUGCCCCGAGGGGGAGCUGCAGAAGCGCAAGGAAGUCGUGCACACUGUCACCCUGCACGAGAUCGAUGUCAUCAACAGUCGCACCCAUGGAUUUCUGGCCCUAUUUUCUGGUGACACGGGCGAGAUCAAGCAGGAGGUGCGCGAUCAGAUCAAUAACAAGGUGCUGGAAUGGCGCGAGGAGGGCAAGGCCGAGAUCAAUCCGGGUGUCCUCUUCAUUGACGAGGUGCACAUGCUGGACAUUGAGUGCUUCUCGUACUUGAAUCGUGCCCUAGAAUCCGACAUGGCUCCUGUCGUGGUCAUGGCCACCAACCGUGGCAUAACACGCAUUCGCGGCACCAAUUACCGCAGUCCACAUGGCAUACCCAUCGAUCUGCUGGAUCGCAUGAUUAUCAUACGCACYGUUCCCUACACCGAAAAGGAGGUCAAGGAGAUACUCAAGAUACGYUGCGAGGAGGAGGACUGCAUCAUGCAUCCUGACGCCCUGACCAUCCUAACACGCAUCGCCACCGACACCAGCCUACGCUAUGCCAUUCAAUUGAUAACCACGGCCAAUUUGGUUUGUCGCCGUCGCAAGGCCACCGAAGUGAACACCGAGGACGUCAAAAAGGUGUACUCCCUGUUCCUGGACGAGAAUCGCUCCAGCAAAAUACUGAAGGARUAUCAGGAUGAUUACAUGUUCAGCGAGAUCAAUGAGCUUGAGGAGGAAACUACCGGCACCGGCUCUGGCGGAGGCGCCAAACGUCGUGUGGACACCGGCGAUGGCGACGCUCAGCCCAUGGAGCAUUAAUCCGUUACCGAACCACUCUCAUACAUUCUCAUCAUUCUAUCCUUACGAGUCCCAAUAAAUAUGUUUACAAAAUGCAUUGUAUCUGUAAAGUGGAA